AUGUGGAGCAACAAGCGUACAACAGUAGACAGUGAAACGCUGCAAGAUAUAGUGCAUCAAGUGCAACACCUUUGUAUCCCGACAGACCUCAACGCCGCAUUCCAUACUAAUAAAUUAUAUGCUCUCAAGAAACUCAAGUUUCUUCUAGAACAUUCCACAAAGCGUACUCUACGACGUUGCGAUGUAAAUGAUCUUGUAUAUUCGUCUUUAAGUCUUCUAUACUACUUCGGUAUGCGCCUAAAAAUGGACAAGGUGAAAGGCAAAUUUUGUAUCUACUCCACAAAAAAGCAGUUUACUACAAUAGAAGAACUAUUUCAACAAAUUAUGGAGUACUUGCACCCCGAAUAUGGCGAAAUGUGUAUCAAAACCACGCUCCGAUUUUUCUCUGAAGUCUCUCUAUGGACGUUUGAAAAUUUCGUUAGUCAAAUCCUUGAAGUGCUUUUGUACUACAAUGGAGGGAAGAUCACCCUAUUCAAUUUAAUGCUGACCGACAUUCAUUGCGUCGUCUUCAGCGAUUUAGUAUCAGCGAGGCAUAGAACUAGAGUCUUAUACGAAUUGUUAAAAAGCAGAAACUGGGUCAUAGACAGUCAACAUUUAUUGCCGUUUGUGACGCGCUUUUUAAACUUUUUCACGAAUAAUACAAGUCAUGAACGAAAAACUUAUCAACAUCUGAAAAGGGGUUUCGAUGUGUGUUUGAGGCGGAUUUUUGAAAGAGUUGAGAAUAACCAACGAUUGUCUAUCAUAACGACAAUUUUGAACUGGUUUGCCAUGGUAAAAAUUGACAAGGAUAAUGUUUUACAUCUGUCUUCCCUACUGGAAUACGCUGCUCAGUUGUAUCAAGUCGGUCGGUACAGAGACAGUUUUCGGCCUGGUUUCUUUCACCAUGUCGUUACCAAAUUGAUCGGAUCAUCAGAUGCAUUGUAUAGCUUUUGCGGUUGCCGAAUAUUGGCACGUUUUUUGGAUAGGCAAAAGAAUUACACUUAUUUAUUAGUGCCGACAAUAUAUUACGAGCUCUCCCAGGUUCCUUUGAAAGUUGGACACUAUGAUAGCAGCGACAAAGCGUUCAUAAGAGAGCAUCGAGAAUUGUUCCAUGAUUAUUUUGUUAAGGCUUUCGAGAUGUACCACUUCAAUCAGGCGAACGUGGAGGCUUUAUAUUUUGUGUUGUCAUGUUUGGUGUUAGAAGUGCCUUGUGGAUUGACGGCAGCCGCCGUCACAUGCAUGCUUAUGUUUAUUCAGGACUUUGCCAUAACGACGAAUAAUAUACCUCAGAAGUGUAGGUUUUGGUUGCAUGCAGUUGUACUAUCUAUCAUGUCCCUUAUAUGUUGGGUGCAUAAGGCGCCGGAUUUAUACCGUUAUGUGAACGAAAUAGUAUCUCGAAGGGCGAAAGAAGCACCUCAAUUGAACCCGCCUCUGUUGAAAAAUUAUAAAGAAGAAUCGCAACGUGUAAGUUGGAACAAAGAUACGUUGUUCUUUGAGGAUUGGGAACUCAGAUACGGGCUGUGGAAACAUUUUAGAAGUUCGCAGAGACACAAGUUAAGCAAAAUAAAACGACCGAGAGAAGAAAAAAGGCCAAGUAUUGACUUGCAUUAG